GUUAGGUGUUUUCCUAAUAGUUUCCCUUUUCGUUUUGCAAUCUUAUAUAUAGAAUUGAGUUUCUGUUUUUCAUUCAUCACUUUAUUUCAUUUUGAUAUUUCUAAUUCUGUGUGAUAAUGGGUCAACUGUUUGAACAAGUGAGUCACAAGGAUAUCGAAGAUACCAAAUCCCUUGGCCAUGAAGAUGCAGGACUCGAGUGGGUUGAUAAAGAAGGAAGAACGCCAUUAAUCUUAGCUUGUACGAAAUCAGAGAUAUUUGAUGGUGAAAAAACUCUGCUUUAGUUGGGUUCCGAUGUCAAUGUUUUUCGUUCUGAUUGCAAUGGUGAGACUCCUCUGCACCAUGCAACAAAUAUUGAUCUCGAAAACACGGUUAAGUUACUUCUAUCUCAUGGUGACGAUGACUCGACGGAGGACGCACUACAUCAACUUUGUGGCGGACGGACACUCUUCCCGGGCGUCUGCCUCGGGGAACACCAGGACCGAUGUCCCUUCAUCUUCCGGAGCCUCCCAGGUUCCGAAUACCGUAGCGGAGCAGUCUCCACCACCGCCUCCACCACCACCUCCACCACCACCUCCACCGCCGGCUGAAGAACCGGUAGCCCACCCUCCUCAUCCGUAUGCCCAAUUUACGGUUGAGGACUUACUAGCCCUACCGGGACGGGGGGGCUUUACGACGUCUGGUUCCCGGAAAAGCGGAACCAGGCUCUUAUUGGUUUAACUUGGAUAAUUGUGUCGGUCGGAGCGUUUCCGACACAAUUAAGAGUCAUUUCGUUGAGCCGCACUACAACUGGAGCAAGGUGUCGCAAGAGACGUUCGACACUUGGUACAAGUGCUUCGCGCAACGGUGGAACUGGGACAUCGGGAUCAACGAGACGGUACGCGAAGCUUUCCGGCUGAAGGCGCAGAAACGCCUAGUCAACACCGUUUCCGAUUGGAAGCGGAAGUGGGAGACCGAUGGCGACGACGCAAAGCCGAGCUCCAUGUCCAUUUUCUGUUGGAACGGGUUGAAGGCGUAUUGGCUGGACCCGCAUGUCCAAACCACUGCGGCUAAGUGUUCGGCCGUCCGAAACCGGGUCGGUCCUGACGGUCAGAAGUUAGUGACCCCGCACACUUCUGGCCAAAUAUCUUUUGCGGGAAGACGUCUCAUGAUGAUAAGUAAUUAAAUAUAAAUUAUUUCAUUAUUAUUUCAUUUUUAAUUAUUGCUAUAAUUUAUUAAAUAUUUUUGACUAAUGUUUAUUAAUUGGUAGGCCGAGGAGAACGGAGGAGAACUUCCUCCAAUGACGAAGCUCUUCGAGACCACUCACCGGAAGAGGGACGGGAGCUUUGUCGACGCUCGGUCAGAGGAGAUCUACAAUGCCGCUAUUCAGCGGAUCGCCGAGCGGGAGAUCCAGGCCACACCUGACGGUACUAUCCAAGUACCGUUGACUGUCGCUGAGCAAGACCAGAUUUUCGAGGAGGUUGCUCCGAAGAAGAAGGGCCGAACCUUAGGGAUGGGCUCUAUUAGAGACUGUCCUGCCGCCUCGGCUUCCGGAUUUCGCACGCAGGAGGAUCCAAGUCAUCUUCGCCAGGAGCUUGCUACGGCCAAUGCUGAGAUCACCACUCUCAGGCAUGAGCAAGUGGCCCAGAAGCAGGAGCUCACCGAGAUUCACGAUCUCUUCGACAUCAUUGCGGAAGCGGUUCCGCAGUUGACCACCGCAAUCCGAGCGAGGCAACAGCGAGCACGAGGCGUCUUUGAGGCCGGUGGUACUUCCGGUAGACCAUCGGACCAGCAGACGCAGGGUCAGUCUUCGGCUCCGGUAGUGCAGACGGGAAACGACGGUCCAGCAGCGACGGGCGGCCAAGACGGAGAGCCUCCUCGUGACGUCGAUCUCAACUUCGACGAUUACGAAAUCACAUUGUAG